AUGAGUGCUGGCUUUGCAUUUUUUGUAAUCUUAGCCCUAGUGGCGCAACUGGUCCUCACUUCGCUGGACCCUAUCCCCGAGUCCUUCGAAGCCGCUGAAAAGUGGCCAGAAUGUGCCGAUGUGAUAAAUCACAUAUGGAAUCAAGGGCAAUGCAACUCCUGCUGGGCUGUCGCCACUGCGGGGGCAAUUUCUGAUCGCAUUUGUAUUGCGACCAAGGGAAGGAUAAAAGUUAACAUUUCCGCCAUUCAUAUGGUCGACUGCGAUGGAAAGGGGUGAGUUGCAACAGACAAGGGCUUAUAUGUCUAACAAAAAGUCUGUAAUAGUAUAUAAUAUGUACAUGCUAUUUACGUGCUUUUUCUGAAUGACCGCCGUAUAAUUUUAGUUGCGGGUGUGGAGAUUACCCAUUGAAGGGUGAACAGGGAUUCAUUAAGCACGGCCUUCCAACCGGUGGUGACUACCACUCAAACCAGGGAUGUCAGCCGUAUCCUGUCGCAAUGUCCGAUGAGAUUCUGGACUUCAAAAGCGCUCAACUUUUCCAAGGCACUCAAUGCUCAUUUAAAUGCCGACCAGGUUACAAUCGAACCUACGAAGAAGACCUUUUCUUUGGGAAGGAGGUUGUCAGUUUUACUGCCAAAAAUGAUUCACUUGUCGAAUCGAUGCAACAUGAACUCAUGAAGAACGGACCAUUUACAAUAACCAUGAUUAUUUACUCGGACUUUGGUCAGUAUAACCAUGGUAUCUACAGGCCGGGUCCCAAUGUAACCAAAAGUGGGUACCAUGCAGUCAGGUUGAUUGGCUGGGGUGUUGAAAAUGGAACAAAAUUUUGGCGUGUUGCAAACAGCUGGGGACCUAACAACAAGGAGCAUGGCUUCUUCAGAAUUGUUCGAGGAAUCAAUUGCGCUGAAUUUGAACAAUACCCGUCGGCGGUUACAAUCGAUACCGACAGAUUGCCAUGGUAA